CCAAGAGUUUAUCGGAAUCCGAUUAUUGGCCACACAGCAAAAAAACAGCUGGAUAUCCACAUAUUGUCAUCGUGAGCAAAGUUUUAACGCAAAUUAAACAAAAAUAAAAAUAUCAAGCAUUCAGAAUGGUUUUAAUGGGAGAACAGGUGCCACAGACAGUCGGUAAGCCGGCCAAAAAUAAGCAAAAGAAGCAAAGGCAACGCAAUCGUCCGCGAAACAAACGAAAUCGUCUGGAAGAUAACAGCCUAACCACCCCGGAGACCUCAACCACCGACUCUGCGAGUGCAAUGCCAGGAGAAAACAGCGUUAGGGAUGCGGGGGCACCUGAGAAGACUCGCGAGCAAGUAAUGGCCGAGCGGGAGGCAAAGAAGUUGGCGAAACAGGCCAAGAAGCAGAAGACCCCCAACACAGCCGCUUCCCCAGCCACCACAAUCAUCACCGAAGUGGAGCAGACAACUAUCACCACCAAGCUGACGACCACCACAACGACCACAGCGAAGGAAAAGCUGGAACUACCAUCAGUUGUAACAGCAAACAAGGAAAACAACAAUAUAACGCAACAGCAGACAAAUGUGGUGCAAGCCAACCUAGAAAACGGCAAUGAUGUGGAAGCUGCGGAGAAAUCCAGAGAUCAAAUUAAGGCUGACCGAGAAGCCAAGAAGGCGGCCAAGCAGGCUGCCAAGGCGGGAAAAGCGUCUGGAGUCAAAGUAGAGGCUGCGACACAACAGUUGGCCAACUUAAAGGUGUCGGAUAAAACUCCUGCGGCCAUUGCAACUGCACCCUCAGCCCCAGAAGCGCAUGAGAAAAAACCGGCUCUUAGCAAGGCCGAGCGUCGAGCUAUUCAGGAGGCUCAACGAGCAGCAAAGGCGCAAGGCCUAACAAAAAAGCCCCAACCUGGCGGCAAAGCUCCUCCAACCGGCAAGGCUCCUCCAGCUGGCAAAGCACCUUCAGCUGCAGCGACCAGCCCCAGCAAAGAUCCGAAAAGGGAAAGUGCCUCUCCCACCAAAACAACAACCAGCAGUUCGCCAAGCAAAUCGCCACAAGCUACUUCCCACUCAGAGUGCCGGGUCAAGCUCUUCAACCACUUGGUCUGCGCUAAGGGUGAUAGUCUGUUCAUCAACGAUCCUCUCGUGCAUCCAGCCAUUGCGAGACUAGGAGUCCAAUAUGCCAAACGUACGGUGGUAGGCUCCAAUGCGCGUUGCAUUGCUUUCCUGCAUGCGUUGCGUCAAGUUGUCCAGGACUUUGAGACCCCUGCGAAAAAGGAGUUUGGUCGGAGUCUAGAUGCGGCUGUGAAGCACCAUGUGGAUCAUCUGCACAAGUGCCGGCCACUGGCGGUAUCCGUCUCGAAUGCCUAUAAACAGUUUAAGAACCAACUCACCCAACUGCCGACGGACACACCCGAAACGGAGCUUAAGGAGUUACUGGGCCAUUUCAUCGAUACUUACAUUGAAAAUCAGAUUGGUAAAGCUGCCCAGGCGAUAAGUGGCUUUCUUCAGGAAAAAAUUACAGACGGCGAUGUGAUCCUCACUUUUGCUUGCUCCUCUCUGAUCCAAUUCAUCUGCGAAGAGGCGAAGCGGCGCCAGGUGGCGUUCCGGGUGAUCGUUGUGGACUCCCGCCCCGGAUGCGAGGGCCAGGAGAUGCUGCGCCGCCUGCAUGCUACCGGAAUCCCCUGCACUUAUGUGCUCAUCAAUGCUGUGGGCUAUGUGAUGGCAGAAGCCACCAAAGUCCUUCUAGGAGCCCAUGCUCUCUUGGCCAACGGGUAUGUGAUGGCACGCACAGGCACGGCACAAGUGGCCCUGGUGGCCAACGCCCACAACGUACCCGUGCUGGUCUGCUGCGAAACGCACAAGUUCAGUGAGCGCUUCCAGACGGACGCCAUCGUCUAUAACGAACUGAGCGAUCCCAAUCAGUUGGUGCGGGGCGAAAAGUGCCAGCUGAAUAACUGGGCGGCCAAGGGAAAACUGAUGCCCCUCAAUCUGAACUAUGACAUUACGCCGCCAGAACUGGUCAGCGCUGUGGUCACGGAAGUGGCCAUCCUGCCCUGCACCAGUGUUCCGGUUAUUCUGCGCAUUAAGCCCGAUAUUGGCUAUUAAGAAUCGUAAUUAUAAUCAUGGAUCACUCGGUAGAAACUCGCAGUUGUUGAAUAAAUAAUUUUUAUUACACUUUGAUCAAAUCGAUAAA